AUUCAGGAGCAGAUCUCCUCUCUGUCAGACAGGAUCUCUGCUGUUGAAGAAGAGCUGCAGAAACCCAGCGUGCCAUUCCUCAGCAGUUAUAAAGCCACUCAGACCAGAGCCAGAGUCCAGCGCUCACUGUCAGAUCCACAGCUGCUCUCAGGAGCGCUGAUAGAUGUGGCCAAACACCUGGGCAACCUGUCCUUCAGAGUCUGGGAGAAGAUGAAGGACAAGGUCCACUUCAGUCCUGUCAUUCUGGACCCAAACACUGCAAACUGCUGGCUCUGUCUGUCUGAUGAUCUGACCAGUGUGAGACGUGGAGACACAAAGCAGCAGCUUCCUGACAAUCCAGAGAGAAACACUAAGUAUGCAGAAGUUCUGGGCUCUGAGGGCUUCAGCUCAGGGAAACACAGCUGGGAGGUGGAGGUGGGAGACCAUCCUGACUGGAUUGUAGGUUUGGCUAAAGAGUCAGUUGACAGGAAGGGAGAGAGAUUUGUCUCACCAAAAUAUGGAUUCUGGUGUUUAAAGCAUCGCAGUGGAAAAUACACUGAUGUUGUUGGUAAGACUGUCGGAGUGAAGAAGAGUCUUCAGAGGAUCAGAGUCCAGCUGGACUAUGACAGGGGGAACGUGUCCUUCUACGGCCCUGAAGACAUGACUCCCAUCUACACUCACAGAGACACUUUCACUGAGAAACUCUUCCCAUAUUUCGGUAUUGGUGCAGCUGGUGAUGCUGAAACCUCUGAUAUCAAAAUCUGUCACACUGAGAUUUCUCUGUAACGUUCAGGAAUGUAAGUUUAUUGUUCCAACUUUUACUUUCAGACUGUUUGAGGUUAAUUAAACUCUCACAAUAUAACAUGUCAAAUCUCUACUAUAACUAUACCAACACGUUGCUUCCUGUUGUGGGAUUCUUUAACCUUUUUAUAAUCAUCAGUAGUUUCUGGGUUCGGUCUGAAGAGUUAUUUCAGUCUUGAUGAUGUAAUUUCAGUUUGUAAACACUUUACUCUCAGAGAAUCAAAAUGUUUUCUGGCUCUGAUUGAAUUUGAACUUUUGUUGUCUAAAUAAACAUCAUGUAAUCUGUUACUUUUGUUUUUGUGUGCGCUCCAGGAAGUGUAACUGCUAAAAGAAUACUAGUAAAUGCAGAUCUACAGAAACAAACUGAUAGAAAGUCACAACACCCAACUUGAUUCUGGUCAUUAUUUUCUCUCAGUCUGCUCGUCUCCCUGCUACACUGACUCACUCACCUGUCAGCAGCAUUUCCUGCCUGGGACUUAUAUCCCUGGCUCUUUACCUUGUGCCUGCCUGGUGAAGU